CCAGCCCCUGCCCCCGGCCCUGACUCUGUGACUCUCUUCCCAGUGGACGUGACUCUGGAUCCAGACACGGCUCAUCCCGAACUCGUCCUGUCUGAGGAUCGGAAACAUGUGAGAGACGAAGACACAUGGCAGGAUCUGCCGGACAACCCUGAGAGAUUUGAUACGUAUCUCAGUGUCCUGGGCGCUGAGGGUUUCGCGGGCGGGAGGCAUUACUGGGAGGUGGAGGUGGGAGACAACCCUGAGUGGGACCUGGGGGUUUGUAGGGAAUCUGUGAGCAGGAAGGGGGACAUCACACUCUCACCUGAGGAUGGGUACUGGGUCGUGUGGCUGUGCGAUGGGGAAUACGAGGCCCUCACCUCCCCCCGACCCCCUCCCCGUGAGCGUCAGCCCAGCCGGGUGGGGAUUUUCCUGGACUAUGAGGCGGGUGAGGUCUCGUUUUACAAUGUGACUGACAGGUCCCAUCUCUUCACUUUCACUGGCACCUUCUCCGGGACGCUCCGCCCUUAUUUCCAUCCUGGUUACAACGCUGAGGGUACAAACGCGGCUCCCCUGAUAAUCUGCCCGGUCCCAGCUCAGGCCGGAGGGAAUCUCUGUCCCUGACAGUGACCCCGCGGUACAGACUGACCCCUCCCAGCGCUGCUGCUCUUCCCGCCCUCAGUGGUGGGGGCCAGUUACUGCAGCAACUGGACUUUUUGUGCUGACCGGACGCUGCCAGUUUCCCUGUUCAACUGGAGCUUCCAGUCGAAAAACAGACACCUGGAAACCCCCAGCCCUCACCUUCCCCGUCCCCUGCCCCAGGGGUAGCAGAUGGGGGUGGAUGGGGUCAUUUACCCCUGUCAGAAUUGUCUACCCCUGUGAAAGUUCAACGUAAAAUAUGGAAAGAAAAAAGAUUAUUCUAAUUU